GCUCGCCUCGGCGACCGCGGAUAAAUCAGGGAGGCGAGCGCGGGGAGACAGAGCGCGCGGGCGCCGGCAGCAGGCUGGCCGAGCUCCGUUUCCACCGGCGCCCUUGAUGGCGGCGCAGGCGAGGCAGCCGAGGCACAGAGCGGCCAGCACGCGUUAGAGAGCCCGCCCGGCCCCGCCCGUGCCCUGCCCGCCUCUCCCCGCGCGCCCUCCCGCAGACGUCGGCGCCCCGGCUCGGUGCCCCGGCCCCCCGCGUGCAGCCCCGCCGCCUCCGGGCCGCCAAGGAGGGCACUGAUCUUCGAUCGCGAAGAUGGCUGCUGGCUGCCUGCUGGCCUUGACUCUGACACUUUUCCAAUCUUGCCUGAUCGGCCCCUCGUGCGAGGAGCCCUUCCCUUCGGCCGUCACUAUCAAGUCAUGGGUGGAUAAGAUGCAAGAAGAUCUUGUCACACUGGCCAAGACAGCAAGUGGAGUGACUCAACUUGCCGAUAUUUAUGAAAAAUACCAAGAGUUGUAUACUGUGGAGCCCAAUAAUGCACGCCAGCUGGUGGAAAUUGCAGCCAGAGAUAUUGAGAAACUCCUGAGCAACCGAUCUAAGGCUCUGGUGCGCCUGGCUAUGGAAGCUGAGAAAGUCCAAGCAGCCCACCAGUGGAGGGAAGAUUUUGCAAGCAAUGAAGUUGUCUACUACAAUGCUAAGGAUGAUCUUGAUCCUGAAAGAAAUGAGAGUGAACCAGGCAGCCAACGAAUUAAACCAGUUUUUAUUGAAGAUGCUAACUUUGGACGCCAGAUAUCCUAUCAGCAUGCAGCGGUCCAUAUUCCCACGGACAUCUAUGAGGGCUCGACCAUAGUAUUAAAUGAACUCAACUGGACAAGUGCCUUAGAUGAAGUCUUCAAAAGAAAUCGAGAUGAAGACCCUACGUUGCUGUGGCAGGUGUUCGGCAGUGCCACUGGCCUGGCCCGGUAUUAUCCAGCUUCUCCCUGGGUGGAUAAUAGUAGAACUCCAAACAAGAUUGAUUUGUAUGAUGUACGCAGAAGACCAUGGUACAUCCAGGGUGCUGCAUCCCCCAAGGACAUGCUUAUUCUGGUGGAUGUGAGUGGUAGUGUGAGCGGGUUGACUCUGAAGCUCAUCAGAACAUCUGUCUCUGAAAUGUUAGAGACGCUCUCAGAUGAUGAUUUCGUGAACGUCGCCUCCUUUAACAGCAAUGCUCAGGACGUAAGCUGUUUCCAGCACCUGGUCCAGGCGAAUGUGAGAAACAAGAAGGUGUUGAAAGAUGCUGUGAAUAACAUCACAGCCAAAGGGAUAACAGAUUAUAAGAAGGGCUUCAGCUUUGCGUUUGAACAGCUGCUUAAUUAUAAUGUUUCCAGAGCCAAUUGCAACAAGAUCAUCAUGUUAUUCACAGAUGGAGGAGAAGAGAGAGCCCAGGAGAUAUUUGCCAAAUACAAUAAAGACAAAAAAGUCCGUGUGUUUACCUUUUCUGUUGGUCAGCAUAAUUAUGACCGAGGACCUAUUCAGUGGAUGGCUUGUGAAAAUAAAGGUUAUUAUUAUGAAAUUCCCUCCAUUGGCGCAAUAAGAAUCAAUACUCAGGAGUAUCUAGAUGUUCUUGGAAGACCAAUGGUUUUAGCAGGAGACAAAGCGAAGCAGGUGCAGUGGACAAACGUGUAUUUGGAUGCACUGGAGCUGGGACUUGUCAUUACUGGAACUCUGCCGGUCUUCAAUGUCACUGGUCAAUCGGAAAACAAGACAAACUUGAAGAACCAGUUGAUUCUUGGCGUGAUGGGCGUUGAUGUGUCUCUGGAAGAUAUAAAGAGGCUGACACCACGUUUCACACUGUGCCCCAAUGGCUACUAUUUUGCAAUCGACCCUAAUGGCUAUGUCUUGUUGCAUCCAAAUCUUCAGCCAAAGCCUAUUGGUGUAGGCAUACCGACAAUUAAUUUAAGAAAAAGGAGACCCAACGUUCAGAACCCCAAAUCGCAGGAGCCAGUCACACUGGACUUCCUUGACGCAGAGUUAGAGAACGACAUUAAAGUGGAGAUUCGAAAUAAAAUGAUAGAUGGAGAAAGUGGAGAAAAAACAUUCAGAACUCUGGUCAAAUCUCAAGAUGAGAGAUAUAUUGACAAAGGAAAUCGAACAUACACAUGGACACCUGUCAAUGGCACAGAUUACAGUUUGGCCUUGGUAUUGCCAACCUACAGUUUUUACUAUAUAAAAGCCAAAAUAGAAGAGACAAUAACUCAGGCCAGAUCAAAAAAGGGAAAAAUGAAGGAUUCAGAAACCCUGAAGCCAGACAAUUUUGAAGAAUCCGGCUAUACCUUCAUAGCACCAAGAGAAUACUGCAAUGACCUUAAACUCUCUGAUAAUAAUACUGAAUUUCUUUUAAAUUUCAAUGAAUUUAUUGAUAGAAAAACUCCAAAUAACCCUUCCUGUAAUACAGAUUUAAUUAAUAGAAUCUUGCUGGAUGCCGGUUUCACAAAUGAACUUGUCCAAAAUUACUGGAGUAAGCAGAAAAAUAUCAAAGGAGUGAAAGCACGCUUUGUGGUGACUGAUGGUGGGAUUACAAGAGUUUAUCCUAAAGAAGCUGGAGAAAAUUGGCAAGAAAACCCAGAGACUUAUGAGGACAGCUUCUACAAGCGGAGCCUAGAUAAUGAUAACUAUGUUUUCACUGCGCCCUACUUUAACAAAAGUGGACCCGGUGCCUAUGAAUCUGGCAUCAUGGUGAGCAAAGCCGUAGAACUCUAUAUCCAAGGAAAACUUCUUAAGCCUGCAGUUGUGGGAAUUAAAAUUGAUGUAAAUUCCUGGAUAGAAAAUUUUACCAAAACUUCAAUCAGGGAUCCGUGUGCUGGUCCAGUUUGUGACUGCAAAAGAAACAGUGAUGUAAUGGAUUGUGUGAUUCUCGAUGAUGGUGGAUUUCUUCUGAUGGCAAACCAUGAUGAUUAUACUAAUCAGAUCGGGCGAUUUUUUGGAGAGAUUGAUCCAAGCUUAAUGAGACACCUGGUUAAUAUAUCAGUUUAUGCAUUCAAUAAGUCAUAUGACUAUCAGUCAGUUUGUGAUCCUGGUGCUGCACCAAAGCAAGGGGCAGGACAUCGUUCAGCACAUGUGCCAUCAAUUGCAGACAUACUGCAGAUUGGCUGGUGGGCCACAGCUGCUGCUUGGUCUAUUCUCCAGCAGUUGCUCUUGAGUUUGACGUUUCCACGGAUCCUUGAGGCAGUUGAGAUGGAGGAGGAUGACUUCACCGCCUCCCUGUCAAAGCAGAGCUGCAUCACGGAACAAACCCAGUACUUCUUCGAUAAUGACAGUAAAUCAUUCAGUGGUGUACUGGACUGUGGAAACUGCUCCAGAAUCUUUCAUGUAGAAAAACUUAUGAACACCAACUUAGUAUUCAUAAUGGUGGAGAGCAAGGGAACAUGUCCCUGUGACACACGGCUGCUCAUGCAAGCAGAGCAGACUUCUGAUGGUCCUGAUCCUUGUGAUAUGGUUAAGCAACCCAGAUACCGAAAAGGGCCUGAUGUCUGCUUCGAUAACAAUGUCCUGGAGGACUAUACUGACUGUGGUGGUGUUUCUGGACUGAAUCCUUCCUUGUGGUCUAUUAUUGGACUCCAAUUUCUACUCCUUUGGCUGGUAUCUGGCAGCAGACACUACCUAUUGUGACCUUCUAGACCCCAGAUCUGCAACUAAAAUCCAGACCCUGCCAACACAUGAGCCCUCAGUUCCAUUAAAAUAGAGUCAGUUGAAGAAGCUACACAGAACAUUAACUGGGCCUCUACCAUGGCAUAAAUCUAAGGCUCAGAUUCUUGAUCAGCCACUGGCUGCAUGUCAGGGUGUUGGAGCCUGGAGCCUGUGUGAAUGCUGCAUCAUUUAUGUCUAACAUCAAAGCAAAACUCUUUGUCUGUGCUCUGCGGGAAGUUUGGGAGUUCGCUGUUGUGCCAUUGGUGACUGCAUGUAAAAGGCUCCCCCAUGCGGGUGUUAGGAAAAGAAGCAGGGUCUUGACUUUCUUUGACCUAGGAUUUCAACCUGCUGCAGUUUUAUCAAAAAUGAGAAAAGAAAAAGAAAAGAAGGAGGAAGGAAGGAAGGAAGGAAGGAAGGAAGGAAGGAAGGAAGGAAGGAAGGAAGGAAGAGAAAGCCCUAGUUGGGGGGGGCAAUGAUAUUUUUGCCUUCACUUAUUUUCUGUUAAAAAAGUAAUUCCUGCUAUAAGUAGUUAGAGAGAGAGAGAGAGAGAGAGAGAGAGAGAGAGAGAGAGAGAGAGAGAGAGAGAAAGAGAGAGGGAGAGGGAGAGGGAGAGAGAGGGAGAGGGAGAGAGAGGGAAGGAGGGAGAUGGAGGAAGAAAAUACAUUGUACUAAGCUGUUGAAAUACAAAAUAAUGGCUAAUUUUCUACCAAAACCAAAUUUGCCAUGAAUAAAAUGCCUUAUAAAAGAAUGAUUUCUCUGCCAAAAAGAAAACACAAGUGUAGCCAGUUGAUUUGGGUGAGGUGGGAAGUACUAGUUUGAAAAUAGGGAGGGGGUGACUAAGUUACAGGUGCUUGUGGGUGACAUUGGAGUUCAUGACACAUUUCCUCAUAAAUGGAAGCCCUUUAAUGCGUGACGUAAUGUCCCUUUUGUUCAAAGUACAGUCAUGUAGUGCUAGCCAGAUACUUAACUCGCUCUAAGAGAAGCUUGUGGGGGGGGAGGGGAAAUGUUUUCCUGUGGUGAAUGAAUUUGGGUUGCCAAGGGUAUCUUGCAUGAUGCUGCUGCUACUUUAACUUUCCGGUUUGUUUUUCUUCUUACUGUAGAGUAUAGUCCACUGAAACGUUAAAUGGGUGACAUUAUUGUCAUGUAAGAAUCGGAACUUUGCAAUGUAAAUGCACUUAAGUCAUCUUUCAACAUGUUGUUAAACUACUCUGAAUAUACUGUGUGAUGUAAAUGCUGAAUGACUGGGUUAGGCACACGGUGAAAUGAGAUUCAUGGGUUUUAUACAGAUUCAUGCUUUUGCCUGAAAACCUAUGUACAGAUAUUUUAAGUACAUAAAUCAGAUUUAACACAUUUAUUUUUUGAAAAGUACAUAUAUGUUCUCAACGACGAUUCAUCCUAGGUUUCCUCUUUGUUCGUUUCAGUAGUAGCAUGUACAAUCCAGGAAUUGCUGCUCUCGCUGCUUCUGUCCCUCCAUUUUGAUAUGAUCAUAUGACCAAAUUCCCACGCAACUUCAUGAGGGUUUUACAUUAAUCUGAACAAAUAGGAAACCUUGAAUCUAUAUGUAUGCACAUGAACACUUGAUUGUGAAUAAUAAAAUUUGUUUUUCUACAGCUUUCUUGGUGAAAAGCAUUAAUGUAGUAAGUCAGAAAUUUCAUUAUAGAUUAAUAUGGUAGCUAAACUUUAUUUAUGCUUCUAAAAAUUAUUUUAAGGACUAAACAGUAUUUGAAGAAAGGAUAAAAACAACGAAUGUGUCUAGGAAGAGUAAUUUUACUGUAAGCUGAAAGUAUGCAUAUAUUUUUAUGAUAAAUGAAAUUUUUUCUUAUUAGUUAAACAUGCCAAGUAUUGGUGUGUGCACAUGCUGGAAAUUUUCACACAUAUCAUUUUACAAUCAGAAUUAUUUACAUUCUCCAGCAUACUUUAAUAUUCUCCACAUAUCAAAGUUGUAGCCAACUCUUUAAUGUAGUUUAUAGCUUUGCAUACAUUGUAAUUCCUUCCUACCACCAUGCUAUUCUGAGUACCAUUUGUGUACAUUUCAUAAGUUAAAAUCUUGUUUUAAUGUAAGGGGUAGGGGCAAUUGGAAUCACUCUGCCAACUGUUGUUCUAAGAAAUGACAUCAGUCACCACUUUAAAACAUUGUCAUUUUUAGUCUAUUCAUAACUACUGUUCACCUUGGAAAACAGAAAGGUGAUUUAUAAGAAGGGAAAUUAUGUUUUAAGUCAUGCUGUUUGUUAAUUAUUUCAAACUUAUUAAUACAUUUUGCUAAAUUUAAUUCCUGGACAUGUUGGGGAGGGGAACUGCUCCUUUAUACUUAUAAAUGAUGCACAUUAAAACCAUUGAAUUGCUUCUGGAAAACAACAACCUACCUUAAAUUAUGUUUAAAGUGUAUUGACUUUCAUGGAUAAUGUCACUCACAGAGUGAAUUACCAUCAAUGACAUUAUUGUUACAUUAGUCAUCGUUGAACUUGGCACCUUUGGCAAAGCUUUAUUUGAUUGGAGUUCUAUGUUAUCACAUCCACAUAUGUGGCAACAAACUGGGCAAAAGCAUGCCUUCGCACUAAAACUUCUUUUCAUGACAUAUACUAGUAUUCAUGCUUUUGCAUACUUCUUUUUCAAUGCCAGUAACAGGCAUCCCACCAAAAUUGCAAUGUUACACUUAACAGUCUUCUGCAAAUUCUAUUGACAAAAAAGAGCAUAGUGUGUUAUUAACCGAAACAGAACUAUAUAAGAGAUCAUUUUAAAAAGCAUUUAAACUGUUUCUACUUAGUUAACUGUUGCUGUACUCAUGUAUCUCAGUGUACUUUGUCACAUAAACAAAGUCAAAACAAGUCUCGCAUUGGUGUUGAGUAGCAAAAAAGAAUUUUUGCAUAAAUGGUUUCAUCUUUUCUUCAUUUGAACAACCAGCAUUACUGCCAAACGCCAAUCGUGGUCCAUAUUUGUAACAGGUUUUUAACAUGACAUAGUUAGCAAGUUUGAUUGAAGAGAUUUUUAGGUCCUGGGCCUACAAGAUUUUAGUAUGAUCUUUUUUCAUGUUUCUAAUGCUUGAAGCAUUAUUGCUUACCUUGGAAAACACAGUGUUGCUGCCAUUUGUAAGUUUUCUUAUAUAUAAUAUUCCUUUUAUUAACUGUAAAACUGGCCUUACGGGGUUCAAAUAGGCAGUAUCCCUUUUAAGUGACCUUUGCAACCCAAGUGUUACUUGCUUAUUUGAUGCUCUAUUGUACUUUACAUCUCAUUUAAAUGCCUGUCUUCAAGUCACCAAAGUUUAAAUUCUACGUCUUCAUUUAAAACUCAUAAGUCUAAAGGCAUAAAGUCUAACUUACCAAGACACAAUGGAUUUUGUGAUUUUUUUUCCGCCUGCCCCAAUCUCCAAAUAUUUAACAUUAGCCGGAACUUGCAUUGUUUUCCAUAGCAGAAUGUUAAUAUUGUUAAUAUUCGGUGUAUAUUUCUGUAAAGAGCAAAUCACUGAAACAGAACUAUCAAGUGGCUAAAAACUUCCAUAAUUGUGCAGAACUCAAUAGCCCUUACCAAUGGUUUCAUCUACCUUGUUUCUAGUUCACACAAAAGAACCAUGGAAAUUCCACUGGGACACUGUCUCGUGUAGAUGCCAACUGAGUUUCCACUGUGACUGGCAGAACUGUGCUUCCCUUGUGCUGUGGGACUGUGGGACUGUGGGACUGUGGGACGGUGCUUUAGGGAUUCCCCUCACGAAAUGCUCAUUGUGCGUCAUGCGAAAGGUCGAGUGGCUUUUGUGAACAACAGAUCUUUGCUUCCCUUCUUCUGUUCUCUUGACACUUUUGUGGAAAUUAACUAGCGGGAUGAAAACAUUUUGUAAAAAUUUGUAUAAUACUGUUAUAAAGAAUAUUUAUAAUCCCAGAAAAUGUUGUGUUAAAUCUUGUGCAAAAACAGUAUAUUCAGAAUAAAAGUUUAUCAUUGAAAGUCA